CAUCUGUUUGGGUUCAACGUUGCUUGCGAUCGCUCCGCAACUCGGGCCAUCGCAUCGGACCGCAUCACGCCUGUGGUGGGGAUUGCGGACAAAGCACAUCGCUGGCAUUUCCAUUGAGGUACAUGAUGGCGGUGCAGAUGCGCAGAUCCGCUGGUAAGCAUUUAUCGAGAGCCGCCGCCGCUGACGCCGGGAUGCAGCACUAGCUCACUAGACGAGGGCAUCGCCGAAUCGGCGCCGUGGACAUCUGCAUCGGGGCCCAUCUCUGUCGGCAUGCAGCAGGGGGUUUUCGUCUUUGUGCUGUGUAACCCAGCCACGUGAAGUUCAUCGCAUCAGCCGCCUCGAAAAACGCAGUGGAAGCGCGGAGCGUUGGUUGACCGUACGGGCCAUCACCAACAUCAAAGCGUUUGGCUGAGCGGCAGGCACCUUGGUGGUUUUGGGCAUUCGAGGUAACUAGCUGGCGGGCCCGCGCGUUCGGGGAGGUUUCGGGUGCGGCUUGCCAAACACGCCGUCGCCACCAAGAAAUGAGGGUGGAAUAUGGUGACCUCAUCAUCUCAUCGGCACUCCCAGGGGUGGCGAGGCUCGGCUCCCUCCUUCAUCGCCCACCGUCAGUGGGUGAAAUGCUCCGCUAGGCCGCCCCGUGCUUCUCCGGCGCCAACGCUAUCCGUCGGCGUGGAGAUUGGUGACGCUAACGUUGGAAGGUCUUUCAAGCCGCUGCCGCAAAACGCCUGGAGCAAUCCGUGAUUCGCAGUCGCGAGUUUGAUAAAAAAAGGGCGACGCCCCCUGGCUUGCCUUUGUUCUGUCCAUCCACCAGACCAACAUCACUAUCAUUUUCACUUCGCCGAGAGCGGCCUCUUUGUGUCUCUCUCACAUCAUCAACGUCGGUUUCCAGGCUCACAAUCGACAUUAUGCGGAUCGAUCUCGCGCUCAUCGCAGCCUCGCUGCUCAGCACGGGGGCGGCCGUCGCAAUCGACGGCCCGCGGAACGUCGUCAGGAUGGACAUGGGCGCCCAGGACGAGCAAGAUUUGUACAAGCGCCGAGGCGGCGGUGGAAGCGGCGGGCGCGGAGGCGGAAGCUCUGGCGGGAGCAGUGGUGGACGAGGUGGCAGCGGCGGCAGCGGCGGCAGCGGAGGAAGCGGAGGCUCUGGCGGCAGCGGCGGCUCCCGAGGCGGAUCCGGAUCCACCGGCAACAGGGGCUCCGGCUCCAACUCGGGCGGCACGUCGAGCGGCGGUUCCGGGCCUACGCCUCGGUUCGGCGGCGGCCGCUUCUACGGUGGGGGCGGCUCGCGGCCGUAUACGUCAGGCGGCCGAAGCCCUGGGUCGGGCAUCCUCCCCUUCGCCCUCGUCGGCGGCGCGGCCCUGGCCUUCUGGCCCGGUCUCUGGCUGUACGGCGCCUACAUGUAUCCGUACCACUACGUCCACCACUACCACAACGCCACGUCCGAUAAGAACGAGACGGCCAAGGUCAUGUGCGGGUGCGCCAAGUAUGCCGAGUGCGGAUGCGACGAGAACAACAGCACCGCCUACUACGAUGAGCUGCUGGGCAACGGGUCGUAUGACGCGCUCAACAAGAGCGUCGUCAACAUCGGCAACUACAAGGGCGACAAGACCAUCCUCAUCAACGGCACGUUGCCCAAUGGCACGACGGCCGACGGGCCCGACGAGAGCACAGAGUCGGCCGGCGUGGGCAUGCGUAGCCUCGCCGAGGCGGCGGGCUUCUGGCCGGCGGUGGCCGCCGUCGUGGCCGCCGUCUAUCUGGUAUAGGGGACGAUUUCGUUGAUACUCCGGGGCUGUUUGAAGGAUGUGGCCGCGAGGCACCGAUACCCAGGCGCGGGCGGCAAGCGCUGUUUUUUGUGAUUUUAAUCUAGACCAUCUGUAUGCUUAUAUGAUGACGAACAUGCCGAAUAGACCAACGUCGUUCAA